AAAGCGCCCACGUCAAGGCUGCAGACUUAAUGCAUGCAUCACCACUCAGUAGUGUUGUUGCACCCGAACCAACCAUGUCUUUUAAGUGCAUCGAUGUUCAAAAACUGUACGAAAAAGACAAGAACGUCAGAAAAUCAGACGUGGAUAUUUUAACAGAAUGGUUGAAAAAGCAGCCACAUUUACCAGAAAUGGAAGAAAUGCAAGUAGCCGCCUUUCUCCACAGUUGCUACUACCAGAUAGAAAGAGCCAAAAUCACCAUCGACAACUACUUCACCAUGAAAACUCACCACCCGGAAUUAUUUGCGACUUUGAAUGAAACCCAUCUGCGAAAAUCGAUGUCCGCGGUUUUCGUUAAGGUCCUGCCAAAAACUACUCCUGAAGGCUACGUCGUCAUUUUGUUAAAACUGCUGGAUUUUAAAGCCGACUAUUUCAACUUUUUUGAUCAGGUGUGUGUGAUUAACAUGGUUUCGACGCUCCAUCUUCAUCAGAAUGGGUUUGAAACAGGCGCGGUGAUAGUGUUUGACUCGAAAGGAUUCACUUUAAGUCACUUAGCGAAAUUUAACUUCAGUGCGUUGAAACAUGCGGUGGAUCACCUCCAGGAGGGUGCCCCAGUUAGGGUUAAAAGUGUGCACUUCAUAAACGUGGUCCCCGUUCUCGACAAAGUCAUGAGUUUGAUCAAACCCUUGUUAAGGGGUGAAGUUUUCAACAUGCUACAACUACAUCCGUCUAUGGAAUCGUUCCACAAACACAUACCGAAGGAAUGCAUGCCCGAAGACUACGGAGGGGGGGUUUCAUCGUGCCAGAAGCUACAAGACGAGAAUUUGGAAAACUGUCUGAAGAGUUACGAUUUUUUCCAAUGGCAUGAGUCGCAAAGGGUUGACGAGAUGAAGCGAGUCGGAAAGUGUGCCAGUUCCUUCGGGAUCGCCGGGACUUUCAAAAAAUUGAAUAUUGAUUAGGGUCAGAUUUUUAAUUUUUCGAUUUUCUAAUUAUUCAAUGUUUAAAUUUCCCAAUUUUUCAUCAUUUUA